AGAGAAGUAGAGCGCCUUAUGCGGUGGUUGAUGCACUUGCGCUGAGUCAGCGUCUGCACCUAAUUGCCUCGUUUGCUCUUACGUUCUCCGACCUUCAACAAACGACGCACUCCGAGGUCACAUCGAUUUCGUACUCUAAGGGACCUGGUCUCCCGCUCGCGUGGGGUAUAUCGGUUGAUCGUAUGGCAGCAGCAGCAGCAGCGCGAUGAUGGUCGCGUCCCGCUGUAUUCUCAGACGCAUGUAGCGAGCAUGGACGAGCUCAUCACGGAGAAAGUUCAGCCAAUGAGUGAUCUUGACUUGGCCGUCUUGGUUUCGCUACUGGCUGGUCAACACUGUAUCCUGUACUGCGAACAACAAGAUGCCAACGAUCUCCGGGACGAGCUCCGGGUACUAUGUACAGAAACGUUUCGCUUAGAAACCGCCACAAUCAGAUGCAGUAGCAAGACGAAUGUAGACGAGUUCAGCCAGUCAAUCCUGGUCGACGUCUAUGACACUUUCGAAGAUGCCAGUGAACAACACGAGGGUGCCACAAAUCGAAAUCUAACCUUCAACGGUGAUGUUUCGCCUGACCGCAGUCCAAGCCGGUUUGGAACACUUCACAAUGUCCUAGAUGACCGCCGCAUCGCAGAUGUUAUCAUCGCAGCAGAUCUGGAUCAAGCAAGUGCAACCAUACAGGUGCAGACGCUGGAGCUGCUGAGGACGAAGCGCAUCUUCACCCGCACUGCCAUGCAUACUGCUCCCAAGGACUUCCUGUUCAUCGUGAUCGCAUCCGCGCCAGGCGCUCGCCUGACGCACCACUUGAACGAUAUGUUCGCCUUGUCCCACUAUCAUAGUCCCGAAGACGGCUUCACGCACAUCUACAAUGACAGCUCGAAUUCAGAAACUCCAACCUUGAAGCUGGAAGAAUUAGAGCACCUCCGGUCAUCCACGGAUGCCGUGCGUUUAAGCGGCGAGGUUCGGGCCUACCUGCAUAACAUCACCAUCUUCCUACGCAACAGCCGGUACGUCAAGGGCGGUAUCACUGCGGCAGCGACGCGACAUCUUCGCGCUGUGGCGACAGCGCUUGCACCACUGCAUGGCUUGGACUACAUCUCGCCGUCGCUUGUCGCUUUGGCGACGAGGAAGGUAUAUCCUCACCGGUUGGUUCUUGCAACGGCUGAGACCGAGCGGACGUUGCAAUGGGGGAGCGAUCCGGAUGCGGUGAGGGAGAUGCUGGAGGGCGUGACGGUUGAAGAUGUCAUCGAGGAUGUGAUCAUGAGUUUGCAGGCGCCGUUGUGAGGAGGUCUAUGGCCCUUAUGGAGGUUCUGUCCCUGACCGUUCGCUUGCGAGUCUUCCGAGCUCACCCCUCGCAAGGAAGGA